UCUCGAGAAAAACAAUUGCUGGGGUUUUUUUUUUAAUCCUGAGAGAGUUUAUCCUCUCUGAAUCGAGAAAUCAGCUCGUCAAAAUCUUGAAUUGGGACACGUAAACCCUAAAUUUUCUGCAUUUUCGAAUGGAUCGAUUCCAGCCUCCGGCAGAAAACUAUGCGAACCCGAGGACUUGUUUCUUUCAUGUUCUCUUCAAGGCUGCAGCGUUGGCAUUUUACAUACUCUCUGCUCUCUUCUUUAAUAGCUUCGUGAUCAUAUUUGUGGUCACUGUCUUUCUUGCUGCACUUGAUUUCUGGGUUGUUAAGAAUGUUAGCGGACGGAUAUUGGUUGGGCUGAGGUGGUGGAACGAGAUUAAUGAGCAAGGAGAAAGCGUGUGGAAGUUUGAAUGCCUUGACCAAGAGUCUCUUGCUCGGAUGAACAAGAAGGAUACAUGGCUCUUUUGGUGGACAAUCUAUCUCUCAGCUGUUGCUUGGAUUUUCCUUGGAAUAUUUUCACUUAUAAGAUUUCAAGCUGAUUAUCUACUAGUAGUUGGGGUAUGCUUGACACUUAGCCUUGCAAAUAUCAUUGGUUUUACUAAAUGCCGCAAAGAUGCCAAGAAACAGAUCCAGCAAUUUGCUUCUGAGACUAUUGCUUCUCGUUUCUCUUCUACGUUGCAGUCAGCAUUCAGUGUCGUCUAAGGCAAUGACCUUAGUGAACAUAAGGGAACGGACGUAUACAUAAAAUGCAGCAUAUCAUCCUUCCUGUUGGCAAACAUGUUUUUGACACUGUAGGAUAUAUAUAAAUAUUGAAUAUUGUACAAGUACUUUUUUGCAUACAGUUUUGGAGUGGUGCGACUUGGUUGAAUCUGUAUUGAGCAAUCAAAUUAUAGGGUAUGCAUUCAUUUGAACUUUUGCUGACAUUAA